AAUUCACAUGGCCUCUCCUCUAUCACCCAUCCCUACUCCGCCCUUUCUCUCCUCCUCCUCCGCCGCAACUACCCUCACUCGCCGCUCUCUCCUCCUCUCCUCCACCCUAUCCACCACCCUCACCACCCCACUCUUAUCUUCAUCUUCAUUGUCACCGCCACUAGACACCACCAUAACCGACCGGGUCUUCCUCGACUUCUCCCUCUGCCCCACCUACUUCCGCAGCACCACGGCCGUCGACAGCACCCCUCUAUGCUCUGACCCCACUUCUUUAGGCCGCCUGGUCCUGGGCCUCUAUGGCAAUCUCCUUCCUAUAACAGUCUCCACUUUCAAGCUCAUGUGCACCUCUUCCUCCUACAAAAACACCCUCGUCCACAAAAUAUUUCCCGGACAGUUCUUCCAGGCCGGACGCCAAGGCCGGAGUCGAGAGUACGGCGAACUCCAUCUUCCCCCUUCCUUGGACUUGCCUAGGAACACUGAGACUGUCGACUCUAAGGCCUUCUUGCUUAAACAUUCAAGGGCUGGAGUCGUUUCGCUUUGUUUAUCGGAGAACGAUGAUGACGAUGAAGUUAAACUCGAUUCUGAUUAUAGGAAUGUUGAGUUUUUGAUUACUACAGGGCCUGGCCCCUGCCCUCAGCUCGAUAACAACAACAUUGUUUUUGGGACGGUACUUGAAGGGUUAGAUGUUGUGACUGCAAUUGCAUCCAUCCCGACAUACAAACCCUCGGAAAGAAUUCGACAACUAAAUGACUUGGCCGAAUUCUUCGGAGAUGAAAGAGCCCAAAAGGGGCGGACAUUAUGGAACAGGCCUCUUAAAACGGUUUAUAUCAGCGACUGUGGUGAGCUCCAAGUUGCCAAGCCUUCAUUGUCACCACCUUCUCUUCCUUAAUAUACAUAAACAUCAUUUUAUUUCAUUUUCAUGUACAAACUCUUCCAUUUUGGUUUUGUGUAGCAUUGCUUUUCGAAUUGGUUUUCGCUUUAAACUGGUAUUUCUUCACUUGAUCAUAAAUAACAUGUUUCUACCUCCCAGGGGUGAGAUUGACUGUUUAGUUAAAUGGCUUGCAAUAACAUAUUGGAACAGUAUUUCUCA